AAAAAACAAGUAAAGCUUGAUUUAGUGGUAAGAAUUGAACUUCAUUCUAUCCUUUAAGAAAAAGAGUUCCUUCUUUAAUCCUCGUUAGGAUUGACCUGUGAGAGGUUCCGGUCUAAUAAGGUAAUUAAUCUCACCUAUCUUAAACAAAAAAGUAAAUAAAAUCAAAUUUGUCCUCCAUGUUUGUUUUUUUUUUUUUUUUUUUAAAAAAAACAAAUAAAAAUUAAAUUAAUUUUUAAAAAAUGAACAGAAAUUGAAAUGGGAAAGUGUGGUGGAAUGGCAGGAGAGUACAAAUCUCUUCCCUCGCCGGCUAUAGUGAUCAGUUGAUGGUCCAGACGAUUAAACCAAUAGACAACAACACCAACAAUUCUGAUAUUUUUCCGUCGAAAUUAAUCAUAAUACAGAAAAAUGGGCGUCAAAUUUGGCACUUCUCAACGACACAUUCUAAUUGCGACGCUAAUUCUUCAUUUCAGCUUUUGUAUCAUCUCUUCAGCUUCAAAUCAGGAAACUCUUCAUGAGUAUAAUGAUAACACUCAGAAGCACAGCAUGAAUUCCUUGCCUUGUUUUGCAAGAUAUGUUCUCGAGUCAUUUUCCAAAGAGUAUGAAAGCUUCACUGAUUCAAAUUUUUUAGAGUAUAUGGAACAAAAGAUUCUUGUUCGCUCUGAGCCAACAUUUUUUAAACUUUUGAACUUAGAGCGCCGUUUAAUUGGAGAGGGUUCUCAUCGUCGUCUAUCUUCAUCAUUCAAAAUAAGUGUUCAGCCAGAUCUGAUUGGUGACUUUUCCUCACAGAUCUGUGAGCUCGUGAUCAUUGAAAGACUACCAUCUGGGGUUUUUGCUGAUCCUUUUGAGCUUCAACAUCUUCGUGACCGAGGAGUAUUCAAGGAUGCUUCUGUUUUUGGAGAUACAAAUUUGGAAUUGCCAUCAUUUCUUUCCAAUCAGUCAGUUGUUGAAGUUCACUUGGAUGCAGCCUUGAAUAAUUCAGCAGGGCAGGAGACUGUGCUAGAGUUCAAGAUAGAGAUACCAUUGCAUGCUCGAUAUUCUCCCCUUGAAGAUAGUGGAUAUUCAAAAGUCAGAUUCGGUGCACCUGACUUGUUCUUGUACUGCAAAUUGCAUGGGAAGUCACCAGCUCAAAGCUGUUCAUUGUUACCCAUUACAAGUAGUGGUUCUCUGGAACUUGAUGAUAUUGUGUGGACCAUUCCAGCGGGUAUCAAGGCCCAUUCAAGAAUGGUAUCUGUUGUUACUUUUAUGUCAGCACUCCUGUCAGCAACUUUUAUCAUCAUUGCUUCCUUGCAAUCUUCACCUAUGAAACACAAUGGAAGAUCAAAGCAAUCAUGAUAAGUGAUAACUAGUGAUGAUCAUGCUGUCUUAUGCCUAAUCCAGUGGUGACAAACAGAUUUUGAUAAGGUUUUCCAAGAGCCUUUCUGCACAACCACAUCUUUCGUUGAGUUUCUAUAACAGUCCUGUGAGGAGCAUAGAUGUUAGGUUUUGCAAACCCUGGUAACUUUUAUGUUUGACGUUUUUCUGCCUCUGAAUGUUUUUUCAUAUGGUCAUUGCUUUACAAGUGUGGAUAUUAGAUUUAUGUGUUCUGUAGAGUUGGCUGCAUGUGUGAAGUAGUUGGGUUAUACUAGCCAAUUGAUUUAGGGCUAAUGUUCUAUACAGAAUAGGAAGCAAAUUCGGGGAUCUGUUGUCAGUAAGAAAGUCCUUGAGUUUUCUGUGCCAGACAUUCCAUUAGAAGUUGGCUUUUCAUAGAGAUGUAAAAUAGAACACGAUGUUGAAAUUGAUUCAUUUAUGAAAUUCGAGUAUAACAAGUUUUGAAUUA